AUGGAAGCAUACGGCAACGGUGAUGAACCGGCUCCGUCGUAUAGAUGGGCCGCAGAGGACCAUGAGUUGAUCAGUCAAUCGGCCGAUGUGCGGGCCGACGGUCGGAUCGACGUCAAUCUCGAUUCGGUCAUUUCCAGGAAUAUUGCUAAGAGUAUCGCCCAGGUCAUCGAUCUACAGCAAGAGGACUUACAUAACCCCCCUCCGAGUUAUGAGGACCAGCAAAAGAUUCCAGCUUUCGCCUUUGAUCUUCAGCUCAACAUUGUCAUUCAGAUUGUAGGCAGUCGAGGGGAUGUGCAACCCUUUGUUGCCUUGGGAAAUGAGCUCCAAAAACGUGGUCAUCGUGUUCGGAUUGCCACUCACGAUGUAUUUGCGGAUUUUGUCACGCAAUCUGGAUUGGAAUUCUUCCCGAUUGGCGGAAAUCCAGUUGAAUUGAUGGCUUACAUGGUCAAGAACCCGGGAUUGCUGCCUCAGAUGGAGACCUUACGAUCAGGGGAAAUCCAGAAGAAGCGGGCUAUGGUCAGGACAAUGCUCGACGGCUGCUGGCGGUCGUGUAUCGAGAAUGACCCAAUAUCAAAUGAACCCUUUGUGGCAGACGCCAUCAUUGCGAACCCUCCCAGUUUUGCACACAUUCAUUGUGCCCAAGCACUGAGCAUUCCCCUCCACCUCAUGUUUACUAUGCCAUGGAGCAGUACGAGGGAAUUUCCUCACCCUCUUGCAAAUUUGAAGCCCUCCCGGAUGGAUCAAAAUAUAGCAAACCUCGUUUCUUUUGGUGUGGCAGAGUGGCUCACCUGGCAAGGACUGGGUGAUGUUAUCAAUAAAUGGCGAGCGACUCUAGACUUGGAACCAAUUGCAAUGGUACAGGGACCCAGCCUAGCGGAAUCUUUGAAAAUUCCAUUUACGUAUUGCUGGUCUCCCGCGUUGGUCCCCAAGCCAAUGGAUUGGCCCGCGCACAUUGAUGUUUGUGGUUUCUUUUUCAGAGAUCAACCGACAUAUAAGCCGUCUGAGGAAUUGAUGACGUUCCUUAAGUCCGGCCUACCUCCAGUCUACAUCGGAUUUGGAAGUAUUGUGGUUGAAGAGCCCCAAUCAUUGACCAACGCCGUGCUAGGGGCUGUGGCUAGAGCUGGUGUCCGGGCCAUUGUGUCGCGAGGCUGGAGUAACCUUGGCAGCGGUUCCCCCAAUUCUAAAGAUGUCUUCUACCUCGACGACUGCCCACAUGAAUGGCUGUUUCAGCAUGUCGCGGCAGUGGUUCACCACGGAGGAGCGGGAACUACCGCUUGUGGACUCUUCAAUGGGCGACCGACUGUAGUUGUGCCAUUCUUUGGAGAUCAACCAUUCUGGGGAGACAUGAUAGCAAGAGCUGGUGCCGGCCCGCGUCCCAUCCCUCAAGCUGCUCUCAAUGCACGAAGCCUUGCAGAUGCUAUUCGCUUUUGCCUGACGGCCGAAGCCAAUGAAGCGGCGCAAAAUAUUUCGAUGAAAAUGCAGACCGAAUCUGGCUUGAAUGCUGCGGUUGAGUCAUUUUAUAGGCAUUUGCCGGCCCAAAGAAUGCGUUGCCAGAUUAUGCCCAAACAGGCGGCUGUUUGGACGUAUACCAAGUCUAAGAGGCAAAUAAAACUUUCAAAACCAGCUGUUCAAACGUUGAUUGAUCAUUCAAAGAUUGAGGUAAAGCAUCUCCGGUGCCAUGACAUCAAUCCACUGAUUAUUGAAAACCGCCGGUGGGAUCCUCUUACUGGGGUAUUGUCCGCUACUGCAACCACCGGAUCCAACAUGCUCAAAUCCACCACUGGCAUGGUGACCAAUCCUUACCAGGAAUAUAAACGCAGCCAUUCUGAUGUUUCCUCACAAAAUACUACGUUGAGCGACUUACAGCUUUUGUCGUCAACAUCCUCGAUUUCCAGUAGCGGUCAACAGAGUGGAAAGCGGGGCGGAAAAUCUGCGUCUACCGCAAUUUCCAUGGCUGGCGCCUUUCUUGGUGGUUUUGGCAAGUUCACUGGCACAUACUUCAAAGGCGUCGUAGUGGACAUCCCCCACGCAGCGGCCGAGGGCUUCCGUCAGGUUCCCCGACUCUAUGGCGAAGAGCCCAAAGACUACGGUACCAUUGACAGCUGGAAAUCGGGAGCAGUUUUUGGUGGCCGAAACUUUGUCGAUGGGAUGACCGACGGCUUCAAGGGUCUUGUCACGGAGCCGUAUCAAGGAGCCAAGGAGGAGGGAGCGUUAGGUGCGGUCAAAGGGUUCGCGAAAGGUACCAUUGGCUUUGCUACCAAAAUCCCAUCCGCCGGAUUGGGCUUGGUUGCCUAUCCUUUCCAAGGCAUUGCAAAGAGUAUCGAAUCGACGGUCCGAUCCAAGACCCGAAAGGCUGUCAUCAAUGCACGCCUAAAAGAUGGGUACUCUCUGACCCAAAGGCAGAAUAUGACACCAGAGGAGCAAAAUUAUGUCUUGCGAACUUUUGAGACUCUUUUACGUGGCACGAGUACUUGA